ACAGAGUUAUCCCCGCUUUGCUCCUUGGCCUUUGGAUGUUGCAUUGCCUAAAAUUGUAUUUUUUUUCAAAUGUGCCCUAGUUGCAAGGCAGCAGUGUUCCUGCCCCACGCCGGGGUAAUGACAGAAACGUUGGCACGAUGCAGCCUCAUCGGCAUGGGCCGGUGCAGGAGUUUGUUGCAGACUGCAGAGCUCCCUGAACCAGCUGUGAAACGGUGCAAAACGCGUCCUUUUGCAUUAUAUUUGUGUAUACCUAAGCAUAUUUGCUCUCAGACCUGAACAGAGGUUCCUGGCAACAAGGAAAUGGUACUUGCUUUGGCCUCAUGGGUUUGCAGGUGAAUGUUUUGAAUUCAGGGAAUUGUGGCACCUGCUGUCACUGAACUACAUGUUAUUGCAGUUACACACUGUGGCUGGGUAGAAGAAUAAAUAUGAGUACCGUGGUUCUGUGAAUAAAGAUAGUAAAGGUACUGCCAUAAAUUAGAGUGUUUGGAGGAGGGGGAGGUGUCUCCAGAGGACUGUUAAUGUCUUUAAAGUGUUUCAUAGUGUUGUAUACUCUGUUGAAGUGAAUGGGACAGAAAUGACAGAAGCCAAAAAGUUGUCUGCUGUGACUGUGGCAGUGCUGGGGUGAUGCUGUUUUUCCAAAAUCUCCUAAACACAAGCAAGAGAGAAGGAAAAAUCAAAACUUUUGGGGAAACAGGAAAAGAGGAAGGCAUCUUAAUGGAAGGAAGGAAAAAAGUCUCCUUGUUUAGAGAAAUUGGAUGCUGACAUAAAAAGCAAUAUAAGCUCUUUUUUUUUGAUCUGUAGAGAUUGCCUUCAAUUCAAGGAGAAUAUCAGGGGCUCCCAUAUUUCAAGAUCAGAUUUACUGAUCAAGAUCUACACACCUGACAUUUUAUCAUUUUGAGUUAAUUGUCGUUGUGGUGUUAUAGACUUAAUUUGACAUUUAAUAAGGACGUCUAUGUUUCCAACAUAAUAAUUUGAUAAAUACAUGAGAAAGAGUGGUGUGGUUUAAAAUCCGUUUAAACAGACUAACUCGGUGUUUCAGUCAGUGUAGAUGUAUCAAUGCAGACACUAGAUCAUAAAAUAUGAAUUUCAUGUUACUUCUGCAAAAACAUUUUUUUGUUUGUUUUGCGAUUGCUAUAAAUGUUUGAUAUUCUUUCUGGAUUUUGGCAUAAUUCUCGUACUAAAAAUACUUCACAUUCUGUCUACUAAGACUUGAGAUUAAGUCUUUGGCAGAAGUAACAUGCAGAACUUGAUUGUUGUCAUGGGUUGCCAAAGCCAAUUUGUUUAUUUUCCUAACUUAGGUAAGUUUUUCUUAUAUAAAUCAAAUGUAAAGACAGUAAAUUCUGCUAAUACGUAAAAUAGUAAAUAUAUGUGAGUGAUAGAAACAGGAAUUGGUGCUUUUGCCUGGCCUAAAUUGCCUUGGUUUUCAGUGCUUGACUAAUGUAACUAUAUUUUCUUUGAACCUCACUGUGCAGAGGUUAAGAUACAGCCUUGAUCAGUGGCCUAAAGAGCAUGGCUCCUUUAUGGUCCCUCCUGAAUAGUCCCACUUGUUCAAAGAGGCAAGGUAAUAUCUAGAAUGUGUAAGGAAGUUGCAGCAUGCUCGUCUUAACUCAUCUUCCUACCUGUAAAAUCAGGAAAGUUCAUGCCUUGCAUCAUAGAUAGGUCAGAAGAGUAAAUCGUUUCAUAUUUCUGAAGAACUCAGAUACUACUUUCAUGGAGACCAUUACUGUCAAGAAGAUUCAUGCUCGCACAGGAUUGCUUGUACAUUCAGAACUUUGAAUGUCAGUGGCUGCUUACUGUAUAUUUUGCUGUAGACGAAUAGGAACCUCUGGUCCAGCCACAAAAACACACCUACCCUGGAAUGAUAUCAGAAAAAUUGCAAAAGUAACUGGAUCGCUUAUACUAGGUUUUCUUUUAUCUAGAGGUUUUGUGUUCAUUACGUAUGAAGUCCUGUCCUUAAAGAAGUUACUGCAAAUUGAUACUCAAGCUAUACAUCAAGAAAAACUUAAAUCCUAUGUAUACAUACGUACAACGUCUGUAAAUCCAAGUGACUAUCAAGGGAUCACGUACCACGCCAGAAAAGAAAUCCAUAAAGCAGUGAGGAAAAUUCUAGAAACAGAAGCUAAAAUUUUCCGGAGACCUUUUAAUGAACAAUUCAGUACAUUUGAUGGAGAAGAUCAUGAAUGUGCCUUAUGGCUUCUCUUAAAGAGAAGUCAGUCAGAAGACAAAGAAGUCCGACUGCAGGCUGUACAAGACCUGGCAAACAAUAGUCACUGGCAUGAUUAUCAGUAUGGUACAGUUGCCCAAACCUGUGAUCAAAGGACUGCUAUAGGUUUGGCUCGAUCCAAAGAUAUCGACCUUCGCUUUUUCCUGCCUCCACCACCAUUGCCAAAAAUAAAGAAUGAUUAUCCCAUAGAAGAUGAACUUCGCUUGUUGUUAGUAUCUUUACCUCAGACUGGUCUUGAUCCAUGUGUCCAGUACUUCACGUCUCUUGCUUUACGUGAAAGUAGUCAGACUCUGGCUGCACAAAGGGGAGGCUUGUGGUGUUUUGGAGGAAAUGGACUUCCAUAUUGUGAAACGUUGAGUAAAAUCCCUUCAGAGACAGUGGAACUCUUUUGCUUGCAAGCUUUAGUGCAGCAUUCUAAGGUUUCUUCUCACUGUGAUAAAAUUGAAGCUAAAGGAGGCCUUCAGCUACUACAGAGGAUAUACCAGCUACGUAAAGAUUCAGCAAAAAUACAAAGGAAUAUAAUUCGCAUUAUUGGAAAUAUGGCUUUGGAUGAACGUCUUCAUUCAUCCAUAGUACGUGCAGGUUGGGUUUCUGUACUUGCUGAAGUAAUGAAAUCCCCACAUGUCAUUCAGUCUUCUCAUGCAUCCAGAGCUUUGGCUAAUCUAGACAGGGACACAGUGAAAGAAAAGUAUCCAGAUGGUGUUUAUGUUUUACAUCCACAAUAUCGUAGCAGUCAGCCCAUCAGAGCAGACAUCCUUUUUGUUCAUGGUCUUUUGGGAGCAGCAUUUAAAACCUGGCGACAGCAAGACAUUGACCGGCGGUUGGAUAAAAAGGCUUCAGAAAGGGAAGAGGACUAUAGCCAGUGCUGGCCAAAGACAUGGCUGGCUUCAGACUGUCCUGCCCUUAGAAUCAUAUCUGUGGAAUAUGACACCCAUUUGAGUGACUGGAAAGCAAAAUGUCCUGUUGAGGCUCACAGGAAGUCUAUUGCUUACAGGAGCAAUGAGCUUCUCGACAAGCUCAGAGCUGCUGGGAUUGGAGACAGACCUCUGGUGUGGGUAUCACAUAGCAUGGGUGGUCUUCUAGUCAAAAAGAUGCUGGUGGAUGCUUCCAAGAAUCCAGAAAUGGAUAAAAUUGUAAACAACACCAGAGGAAUCAUAUUUUAUAGCGUACCUCACCAUGGUUCCCAGCUGGCUGAAUAUUCUAUAAAUGCCAGAUAUCUUCUCUUUCCGUCUGUGGAGGUUAAAGAACUCAGCAAGGAUUCUCCUGCCCUUAAAGAGCUGAAUGAUGACUUCCUGUCUUUUGCCAAAGACAAGAAAUUUUCAGUGCUGAGUUUUGCAGAAACCUUACCAACGCAUAUAGGCAGCAUGAUAAAACUGCAUGUCGUACCUCUGGAAUCAGCAAAGUUAGGAAUUGGAGACCUUAUUCCAGUGGAUGUUAAUCAUCUAAAUAUUUGUAAGCCAAAGAAGAAGGAUGCUUUCCUGUACCAACGUACAUUGAAGUUCAUUCAGGAUGUUUUAGCCCAAGAAAUUGGAGACUGAGUUUUUUCUUCUAUUUGGUGUAACACAGUAAGUUCUUCCCUAACAUUUGUUAGGGGAUCUGCAGAACUACAAAGAUGCUAUGUCAGUAGUAUCUGCUGCUGAAAUAAUUUUCAGUACAUCUCCAACUUAGACAUCUCUCCAACUUAUUUCUAAAAUAUAUUCAAAACAAAUACAAACCGAAGUCCUAUGAGCUUGACAAAAAGAAAAUGUGUGUUGGCUUAAAGUGACAAUGAUAUGUUGACAAAAUGCAUGUAAAUGCUCCAGCAAUUUGUCUGGGAGGGGAUGGGGAUUCAGUGGAAGAGAAGUUUCACUUAGUCUACAGAUAUCCCUCUGAAGCAAUACAGCUAGACCAUGCAGAGUGCCCAGGAUAUCUUCUUUUAAGCGGGGGGGGAACUUGCUCUGGAGGUAGGUGAUCUCAUUAAGAUAAAUAUGCAUCUGGGACUAAAGCCUUAUAGAGAGGAUCAGAAAGAAUUAACUGAGGUGGGCUAUUUGUUGUGUCAAAGGGGACAAGAAGCAUGUGGCUGCCUCAAAGCUUUGGUUUACUGUCCAUGUUAAGUAGUGUGACUGAAGCCUGAAGAAGUUUAUCCAAGUGAAUGAAGGUAGCAUUUUGGUCUAGUGGCCCAGUUACAGGAGUUUUUGUAAUUCGCCUUUUCAUUUAAGAGACCACCCAGAUUUUUCAGCAAAUAUGGCAUCUGUUUUCUGCAUGAGAAAGACAUAGGUUGGUAGGUUGUCUUGCAUAGACAACUGUAGUUGUUUUUAUCUGUUUGUACAAAUGAAAACAAAACAAAAGAAUUGUUCACCUUCUUCUACGUUUCUCUCUUAAUCUUAGCAACUUGUGAGGUUGCUUUCUUUAAGACAGAGUGUAUCUGGUCAGACUCAGGGCAGUUGUGUGCUUGUUCUCAUGGAAGAUACAGAACAGAGGCUUAGCUCUUUUGCUUUACUCUUGGGACGUACCAAGAUGAUAUGUUCAAAUCCAUGGCUCGUUACUUAUUUAGAAACUCUUUCUUUAGCUGAUUUAAAGAAGAGCAUUGAAAAUGCUCAAGUGGAGCAAGACAAAUGUAGGCCCUGACAAAACAGCUGAUGCUUAGAGUUUGGAGCUCAUGUAGAGAAAAAGUAAAGCAGGAAAAAAUUCAGGUGAUCAUAAGGUCCCACUGGAAAUGCAGAAUAUCCCAGAUGUUUUGAGUUCUUGAAGGCCAAGUGUAUAUUGGUGUAGGUAUAGAGAAAAACAGCAGUGUUGUCUUAUUUGAGUUUAUGCUUAUGUUAAGGAUACCUUAACAAUACUGGUGAGAAAUAAGUAUUUUUAGGAAAAAAAACCCAUCAGUGCUCAGCCACUUUUUUAAAGUCUUAAAUGGUUUGCAAUGUAGUUAAAAGCAGCCUAGUCUAAUUGUGGUCUCUUCCCUUCCUUUCUUUCCACCCCCAACCCCUUCUGAAAACAAACAUAGGCUAUGAUUAGGCUAUACUGCCCUAGCUGACCAUUUGUUAAAUAAGGCCUGUAUUGAUGACAGGCUUAAGGUGUCUCUUAGCAUCACUUAUGUGAGAUGGUUCUAAUAUCACUGGCCUUAAAAUUAUGGCUGUAAAAGCUACCAAAGAGGUGGGAUGCACUUUGCAGUUCUGCAGGGGCUUGGUGCAGGUGCCAGUGACCAUUGCAGUCCUGAUAGGUCCUGAGGCCACCUCAGCUGUUCCCACUUGAGAGCACUCCAGCCCAGGAGGACACUACAUCUGAAAAUGCACUUCUGGAAGUUGAGCCUUGACCUGCUGAAGUUGUGGAGUAAAAUUCACAAAAGCGGUACAGAGAAUGUACAGCAUGACACUGGCAAAAAGAGCAUUUUUUUCCCCCUAACCGAGAUGUAGGUAAGAACACUGCAAAGCAGUAUUUCAGAUAGAAAAUGUAACAGAACUAUCGUAACUUCUAAAGAGGUUUAUACACUGUGGUUUAAACUUCAGAGUGUAAAUAUAUUAGAACACUUCAUAUUCACAAAGUAGAGGGUAUGUGGAGUUCAUUGUGAAUAGACAAGGCUUCUAAUAACUGAAUGCGUGUUUAGUGUGACAAAUCUUGUAUUGAUUUUAAUAGACUUCUUUGGCUUACAGGGAUUCAAGUCAAUGACAUUACACAUUAAUCUCAGUAAAUGCAUCUGUGUUUUGUUACUGGAACUCUUGAGGCAACUUUCUCCUUUUUGAAGCUGUAUGUAUAUACGUGUAACUUUUAAAACUAACAUUUUGAGGUGUUGGUUUUAGGGUUGUGGGUUUUUUGUUUUUGGUUUUUUUUUUGAAUAUAGUAAUGAAAUGUGUUUUUAAACAUGUGCUAGGUAUGCCACAAAAUGUAUUAAAGGUGAAUGAUCUACCAAAUGAA